GGGGGACGCGGACCUGGUUACCCUCCAAUAGCCAUUCCUCAACCCCCUACCUUGACUUUUACAACCUUGCAACCAAUAAAUCUAUGAUACUGGAGUACACUCCAAAAAAAACAAAAAAAACGCCACCCUACAGAUCCAUUGCCCCUCCCCCUCCUUUUUACCCUGUGCCUUCCCUCAUUUAUGGUCCUAACUCCAUUCACCGUUUGUCUCCCCUUCCCUCGCCUACCCCCAACCUUCAAAAUAGUUGGACUGCCACCCCAUUCUUGGUGCCCCUUCCUUCUUUCUUUCCCUCAUCAUCAUGAGCCGAACCGAGCCGCACAACACUCCUCCCACCGCACCCAGGCAGGGCCUGACAAGAGCCACAAGCUACAAUGCCGCCCUUCACAUCAGAGACCUCCACGGAGCACCUCCUACUCCAAACGAGGACGUUACCACUCCGGUUGAAAUAAUUACGCCUGAGGGCAAACGUGUUUUGAUUAAAAACUCUGGAAUUGUGCAUACCGUCUCGCACACGCACUGUGGUCCUACCGAGUCCGCGUUGCAAUUGGUCGCUACCCUCUUCUACAACCCUAAUCAGACCCUGAUCACAGCCGACGGAGAAAAAAUCGAUGUUGAGAAAAAGUAUGUCAAUUUCGGCCCCUACGUUUCAGACAUGGCUAUGUUCGAGUUCAUCCAGACAAUCGAUGAGUUGCUCGUACCAUGGAAGAAGUGGGGGACCAACCAUCGCUGCCUCGACUCCGCUGAACAUCCAAAAGUUAUGGAGAUUUCUUUGUCCAUGCCAGAAAUGUUACAGCUCAGUGAAUUGAGAAGACAUACUAGCUUAUGGCAGUUCGAGAGGAAAUGGAAUGUCGAGCUUGUUUUACAGGAAAAUAACAUCUUCAGACGGUACAAGCGCCUUGCUGUAUUCGACAUGGACUCGACCUUAAUCGAGCAGGAAGUUAUUGACGAAAUCGCGAAGUUUAUUAGAGUGGAGGACCAGGUUUCGGUAUUAUUUCCUCCCUUGAAAUUUAUUCCACCUCGAGUAUCUAAUUUAUCACAGUCCAUCACAGCUCGCGCAAUGAAUGGGGAAAUAGACUUCACAGAAUCUCUUCGGCAGCGAGUUGCACUGCUCAAAGGAGUCCCCUCAACAGUAUUUCAGGACCUUAAAUCCAUCAUCACUUUUACCCCCGGCGUCCGCGAGCUGUGCCGUGUGCUUAAGAGACUUGGGUAUAAGCUGGCAGUCCUCAGUGGCGGGUUCAUUCCACUAGCCGAGUAUGUUAAAGAGCAGCUUGAUUUUGAUUACGCUCAUGCAAAUAAUGUACGAAUAGUAUCCGAAGAAGAUACCCGAUAGUCUGCUGACCAAGGGUUCGAUAGCUCGUGGUUUCGGAAGAUGGCAAUUUUCUUACCGGGGACCUUAGUGGCCCCAUCGUGCACGCAGAGCGUAAAGCAGUCUUACUUGAAGAGAUCGCCAAAGAUAACGGGAUUACUCUUGAACAGACUGUGGCAGUCGGGGAUGGCGCAAAUGAUCUAAUAAUGAUGAAGAAAGCUGGUGUCGGCAUUGCGUUUAAUGCAAAGCCUGCUGUUCAGCUUGCGGCACCCACAAGACUCAAUUCAGAAACCAUGUUGGAUAUCUUGUACAUCCUUGGGUUCACUAAGGAGGAGAUCCAGGCAUUACUUGCGGUUACAGACUAAGUAGGGGUUGCCUCCUUUUUUUUCACAACUAUUUCCUUCGACCCAGCCUAGCACUUCACGGAGGUAUCUUCGAACUUGUUUUCGCUUUCUUCUUUCCGUCCACAGGUGUGAGGGGGGCAAUAUACCCUCAAGGCCCAGAUCCACGGUUGUAGGAAUCUCUAGUUAAUAUUGAGUCCAGGGCGUGUGGUCCCAGUCAAUCGGCUUUCAUAGCUCAAGAGUGAUUCUAAAAUUUUGUUUUGCGAGUGACCGUUGGUGAUCUGCUUACUCAAUCCCCGGGUAAAUGAAGGAGCGCUUGGAAGAUCCUACUCGGGGAUGUGUGAGGUGGAUUCGGAAUAUGGUUUUUCUAGCUGUGGGAGUGGUUUAUAGUUAUUUCCACAAAAUUAGUUGCCUGAGGAGGCACAGGUUAUACCUUACCUAGAUAAUUUGCAUAUUCCCC